AUGAAAUUAAAUAGAUUAAUUUCCUUUUUCCCUUUUGUGUGUCUUUUUUUUCGUGUGCUUUCUUGUGAAGGAAUUAACGAAAAAAAAAAAAUUAAUUUGAAAAUAGAAUUAAUCGAUAAAGAUGUAUUAUUAUCAGAUGAUCAUUUAAAAAAAGAGAAAGUUAUUAUGCAAGAUGGUAGAAAGAUUAAAAUUAAGAAUUUUGAAAGAAUUAAGGAGAAUGUACUUGAGAGAGCUAUAAUUGUAAAAGAACUUGAUAAAUUGAAAUCUAUUAGUACAAAAGACGAUGCUAUAACUUUAGAAACAUUAGGUGACGACAAUAAUGAUGAUGAAAACAAUGAAACAUCAGUAAAUGAUGAAAAUAAUAAUGAUGAAAACAAUGAAACAUCAUUAAAUGAUGAAAAUAAUAAUGAUCAAAACAAUAAUGAUGCUAGUGAUCAGGUAGAUGAAGAACAAAAUAAUAUGAAAGUAAUUUCGUCAGAAGAAUCUGUAGAGAAUGAUAUUCAUAUGUUACGUAAAGUUUAUCAAAGAGAUUCAGAAAAUGGUUCAACAACCUAUUGUUAUAUGAGAUAUACAUUUAAUUUUAAUUUGGAAAAAUUAAAUGAAAACAGUAGAAGCGAACUAUUUAAAGGAUUAGAUAAGACACUUGAUUAUCUAUCCUUUUUACCAAAAAAUGAAGAUGUAACAGAUACUGAAUCAAUACUAGAUAGUGAAUACAAGAAAUUAGAUAACACUCUUGGGUCUACCGAUCCUAUCGUUUCUAAUUUAGAAUUGAAAAAUAAUAAUUUUCAUAACAUUAGUACUUCAGAAUAUGUUGAUACUAUAGAUGAAAUUAUAAACUUUUUAAACACACGAAAUGAUCAAUUAAAUAUAUCACCCUCCCUAAAAUAUAAAUUAAUGGAAGCAAAAAAUAAUUUAAAUACAUAUAUUAAUAAUAAUAAUAAUAAUAAAGAUAUCUUAGUGAAUAGUCCACGUGAUAAAAAUAUAUAUCUUUAUGAAUGGUUACAACAUUUAAAUAAAGCUUUUUUGGAAAAGAAAAAGGCAUUAGAAUUGUUGAAUGACACAGAGGACAUAAAAGAAAAUUAUAAUGAUAAAUUAUUUGUGAAUUCAGUAGAGCAAUUAUUUUAUUGUUAUAAUUUAUUUGAAGAGUCUAAUGAUAAUAUAGAUUCUUUUUUUAUAAAUAAAGUGAGAAAGAACAAAGCAUCUAAAAAAGUUAAUAUUAAUAUUCAUAAAUCAUUAUCAAAAGAAUUGUUAAGUAAGAACAUUGAUGAUAAUGUUGAUGAUGAGCUAACUAAAUGUAAAUCCUUUUUAAAUUUGAUAACUCCAAAUGAACUAUUUUUAAAUGAUGAUUUGAAUAUUUCACAGGAUGAUGUAGUAAGAGAUAAUAUUAAUAUGAACCAAGAGGAAGACAAAGAUGAAGAAUACGAAGAAAAUAAAAAUAGUGAUAUAUUUUUAAAUAAUUUAAAUCUACAAAAUAGAAAUAAGCUUGUUAAUAGUAAUGAUGAAGAAGAUGAUGUAGAGGAUGCAAAGAAUUAUGAAAUGAAUAACAAUGAAAUGGAUUCAUUAAAUGUAUCAUCUUUAAGAAAGAACGAAUCUUAUUUAGAAAACACAGAAUCUUUUAGUCAAUUAACACAGGAGAUAAAAAAUGACGAAAUGACAGAGGAUUAUGACUACGGUUAUGAUAUUGACAGUGAAGAAGAAGAUGAUGAGGAGAGUAAUGAAGAGUAUGAUGAGGAGAGUAAUGAAAAGUAUGAUGAGGAGAAUGAUGAAGAGGAUGAUGAGGAGAGUGAUGAAGAGGAUGAUGAGGAGAGUGAUGAAGAGGAUGAUGAGGAGAGUGACGAGGAGAGUGAUGAAGAGGAUGAUGAGGAGAGUGAUGAAGAGUAUGAUGAGGAGAGUGACGAGGAGGGUGAUGAAGAGGAUGAUGAGGAGAGUGAUGAAGAAUUUGAUGAGGAGAGUGAUGAAGAGGAUGAUGAGGAGAGUGAUGAAGAGGAUGAUGAGGAGAGUGAUGAAGAAUUCGAUGAGGAGAGUGAUGAAGAGGAUGAUGAGGAGAGUGAUGAAGAAUUUGAUGAGGAGAGUGAUGAAGAGGAUGAUGAGGAGAGUGAUGAAGAAUUCGAUGAGGAGAGUAAUGAAGAAUUCGAUGAAGAGAGCGAUGAAGACAUUAAUGAAGAAUUUGAUGAAGAGGACUAUGAUAACAAUUACGAAAAUUUACAUUAUAAAGGGAAAGAUAACUAUUCAAAUUACAGUUUAAAAAAUGCUUUAAGUGAUUUAGCUAAAAGCAGUACUAAUCACUUAAUAGAUAAAGCAACAAAUAGUAUUUCAAGUGCCUUAAAAAAAAACUUUAAUAAAAAAAAAAUAGCAGACAAAUCAAACAAGUUCUUGGGUAAAUUAAGCAAGGGUCUUAAUAAUAGUAAAAAUAUUAUUAAUAAAACAAAGAAGGAUAUUAAAAAAGGAAUUAAUAAAGGGAAAAAAAUAAUAAAAGAUACAAAAAAGGAUGUAAAGAAAGGUGUUCAAAAUACAAAAGAAAAAGGAAAGAUUUUGACUAAAAAAGCUAAAAAGGUAGUUAAAAAAGGUAAUGACAAAGUUAAAGAAAAUGUCCAAGUUGGAUUGAAUAAAGUAAAAAAGGGAACAAAAAAGAGUAUCAAUAAAGUAAAGAAUGGAGCAGAGAAUAGUAUAAAUAAAGUAAAAAAGGGAACAAAAAAUGGUAUAAAUAAAGUAAAAAAGGAAACAAAAAAGAGUAUGAAUAAAGUAAAAGAAGGAACAAAAAAUGGUAUCAAUAAAGUAAAGAAUGGAGCACAGAAUAGUAUAAAUAAAGUAAAAGAAGGAACAAAAAAUGGUAUCAAUAAAGUAAAGAAUGGAGCACAUAAUGGUAUAAAUAAAGUAAAAGAAGGAACAAAAAAUGGUAUAAAUAAAGUAAAAGAAGGAACAAAAAAUGGUAUAAAUAAAGUAAAAGAUGGAGCAGAAAAUAGUAUAAAUAUAGUAAAAGAGGGUAUACAAAAUGGUAAAGAUAAAAUUAAAGAGGGUUCAAAGGAUGCUAUAAAUAAAGUAAAAAAUGAAGUAGAUAAAGGUGUUAAUAAAGUAAAAGAGUACGCACAAAAUGGAGUAAACGAAGUUAAAAAUGGAACAGUAAAUAUUCUAGAAGAUGCUAUAAAGGAAAUAUCAAAACCUACUGGAAAUUUACGCAUUAAAGAAAAAGAAAGUAUUAAUAAAUUGAAUACAACAUCUAAUAAGGUUACAAAUAAGAAAGGAAAAACACCAUUAAAUAAAAGUAAAUCUGAUGAAAAAAGAAACUCUAAUCGUCGUAAAACGUCUCUAAUAAGUUUAACAGAAGUAUCAAAUAAGAAAUCCUUGAAUAAGAACAAAAUUAAAAAAGAGAUAAACAAAAUUAAUAAAGAAUACAAAAAAUUGAAAAAAAUGGAAAAAAAAAUGAAAAAAGAAUUGAAUAAUCCUAAUCCUUCAGACAAAAAAAUUAUAUCAGAAUUUGAUGAUUUUGAAAAAUCAAAUGAAAAUAAAAAAAAUAAGACUAUAUAA